AUGGAGUCCAGCUCGACGAUCGCCUCGCAUGAAGGCUCGCAGGGUGCGGGGUUGAAGAGCGCGAGCUCCAAAGUCCGGGCCAAGAGCAGGAAGAAGGACUUGGACGAGCAGGUCAAGCGCCGCUGUGUCAGUACCGCCUGCAUUGCUUGCCGCCGCCGUAAAUCAAAGUGCGACGGCAACACUCCCGCCUGUGCCGCUUGCGCCUCCGUAUACAACACCGAAUGCGUCUACGACCCGGGCUCCGACCACCGCCGCAAGGGCGUCUACCGCAAGGACAUUGAGGGCCUGCGCACCCGCGAACGCACCCUCCAGACCAUCAUCCAGGCCAUUCUCAACUACCCCGAAUCCGAAGUCCCCGCCCUGGUCCACCAGAUCCGCACUUGCGAGAGCCUCGACACCGUCGCCGAGCAGAUCCUGCUGCACGACCAAGAAAAGGAAGACGAGGAUGAAGAGCCCGUCUCCGCCGCCGUCGAUGUGCCCCAGGGCACUUUCGAGGGCAAUCUGUCGGGCAAGAUGGGCCAAAUGCGGCUGGAAGACGGCUCGCAACGAUACAUUGGAGGCACGUCGAACCUGAUAUAUCUGGGGCAAGGCUCCGACACUGAAGACGACUCGUUGUCGUCGGGGAGGUCCGAUGCCUACCAACAGCUGGAAGACCCCGUCACCUCAUGGACAACGGCCACCGACGACCCGGAGCUCGUCGUGCAUCUCAUGAACAUGUAUUUUACCUGGCAUUACACCUUCUUCACAACCUUGUCGAGGCCCCUGUUCUGGAAGGACUUUCUACUCGGCAAACCCCCGUCAGACUCCGGAAGAAAAUACUGCACGCCUCUACUUGUUAAUGCCAUGCUGGCUCUUGGCUGUCACUUCACGUCAAUACCGGCCGCUCGAGCUAAUCGGGACAAUUCUGCCACCGCUGGAGACCACUUUUUCAAAGAGGCCAAGAGACUGAUCAUGGAGAACGACGAGCACGAGAAGCCGAAAAUCACCACGGUUCAAGCAUUGGCGUUGAUGUCGGUCAGGGAAGCUGGUUGUGGGAGGGAAGCGAAGGGCUGGGUAUACAGUGGAAUGAGCUUCCGCAUGGCUUGUGAUUUGGGAUUGAAUCUGGAUUCCUCUGGCCUCGCAUCAGCCAAAGGCACAGGGCCCGAUGACGACGAAGAAGAUGCGCGCCGCAUAACUUUCUGGGGAUGUUUCCUCUUUGACAAGUGCUGGUCAAAUUACAUGGGCCGUUUGCCGCAAUUGCCUUCAAACAUCAUCACCGUGCCUAAAUUCGAAGUGUUCCCCGUUGAAGAUGCAGACACCUGGAGCGCGUAUACCGAUUCAGGAUUCAAUCAGGCCAAUGCACAGCCAUCUAGGACACGAGCAGUCUCGCGCCAGAUUACUGCUCUCUGCGAGAUCAGCAACGACUUGAUGAAUUCUUUUUACAACCCCACAAGCAUGGAUAAGACCAAAGGCAAGCAAGCCGAGCUCAAGAAACUGAGCGAUCUCCACCAGAAGUUGGAAGCCUGGAGGCGAGAACUUCCGAAGGAGCUGGAGCCGCGGGAAGGCGGCUUACCGUCGAUCUUGGUCAUGCACAUGUUUUUCCAGCUCCUCUUCAUUCAUCUCUUCCGCCCUUUCCUGAAAUACAACCAAGCCACCUCUCCGCUCCCAGCAAACGUCUCGCCACGCAAGCUUUGCACUCAAGCUGCCGGUUCGAUAUCCAAGCUCCUCCGUCUCUACAAGCGCUCCCACGGCCUGCGACAAAUCUGCAACAUCGCAGUAUACAUCGCCCAUUCGGCAUGUACCAUUCAUUUGCUGAACCUUCCCGAAAAGAAUGCCCGUCGGGAUAUAAUUCACGGUGUCAAGCACCUGGAGGAAAUUGCAGAAGGCUGGCUCUGCGCCCGCCGCACGCUUUCCAUUCUGUCCGUCCUCGCGCGCAAAUGGAAUGUGGAGCUGCCCGAAGAAGCUGCCACCGUCAUCGCCCGCACCGACGACAAAUUUGGCGCAUACCACCGCGGCUCGCUUUCGCCGCGAAGCGCGGCCGGGACCACGCACCACCUUCAUACACACCCCAAUCCGCUUCCCCAGCUAAUGCACAGCUAUGGCUUCACCGAAUCCGCGCACCGCAACACAUCAAGUCUGAGCGGGUUGUCCGCUUUCCCCGCCGCGACAAUGGCGUACGCACGGCGUGCCUCUGACACGCGCAGUCUGACACACCCACCCCAAUCAGCAGCAGAGAUACAACACGCACGAGCAACACGGCAAGCGGCGGCGGCGGUCAAUACACCGACGGAGGCAGUCGCGACGCCAAACAGUAUGACGAACAACGCGGUCGCAACGGCCGGCAGCUCGCCCAGCGACCUGUUUGGCGGCGUCGACGCGCUGCUGCGUGAGAGCCAAGACAACUGGUGGCUGCGGGACCAGUCGCAGCUCGCGCUCGGCUUCGACAACUGGGGCGGUCUCUGCGGCGAGGAUCUCGCGUACAUGGGCGGACAGGCUGCACAACAACAACAGCAGCAGCAACAGCGACAGGCUCAGGCGCAGGCUCAGCAGCAGGGUCAGCAGCAACGGCAGCCAACGACACCGGUCGCGGCGACAUAUGCUGGCGAUGGGUUUGGCGGCGUAGGCGGGGCCACUGGCGGCCUUGACGGCGUGAGCGGGUACGGUGCCAUGAAUCUGUAUAACGAGGAUGAGUGGUAUCAAUGA